AGGUCCCAGGAGAGAAUGAGAAGCAGUGGAAGCGAGUUUUGCUGGUUGUCACAGAAAAAGACCUACUGAUGUAUGACAGUAUGCCUCGUAUGAAGGAGGCCUGGUACAGUCCUGUGCACACCUAUCCACUCAUAGCUACCAGGUUAGUCCACUCCGGACCUGGAAAAGGGUCUUCUCUGUUUAAUACGGAGUUCUCCUUUGCAACACGUACCGGCUCCAGGCAAGGGGUCGAGACCCACCUGUUCAGAGUGGAGACCAGCAGGGACCUCUCACUGUGGACCAGACAGAUUGUGCAAGGCUGCCAUAACUCUGCCGAACGCAUCAAAGAGAUCACCACCCCUUGUACAUACAAGAACCAAGAUUGUCGAUUAGUGAUCAAUUACGAGCAUGGAUUCUCUAUCGCAGUGCAGGCUCCUGAUGGUACUUUCACUAACAUUUUAGCACAAUACCCGUAUGAAAAGCUAAAAAUGUCCUCAGACGACGGACUCAAAAUGCUAUUUUUAGACUUUGGUGGCAACGAUGGGGACAUUCAGUUGGAUCUCCAGUGUUGCCCGAAACCCAUCGUAUUCAUCAUUCAUUCCUUCCUCUCUGCCAAGAUCACACGACUUGGACUGGUGGCAUGA